GGAGAGCUGUAAAUAAAAUCCACCCUUUAGAUUUAAUUAUGAGCGAACGUGUGCAGAAGGAGAGUGCCGAUGAUUCCGAUCGCGUCGACGAUGCAGUGGACCCGCGGGUGCAGAUUGAGCUUGAAAGAUUGAACACAGCUACAGAUGAUAUUAAUAAACUAGAAGUUGAUUUAGAUGAAGCAAGAGCAACUUUUAGAGAAUUAUUGUGCGAAUCAACAAUCAAGAUUGAUGCUUUGGCUAAGAAACUUGGUACUUGCAUUGAAAAAUCUAGACCAUACUACGAUGCUAGGUUUAAGGCGAAGGAGGCACUACAAGAAACACAAAAGGCUGCGAUUAGAUUUGAGAGAGCCAACAGUCAACAUGCAGCAGCUAAAGAAAUGGUUUACUUAGCAGAGGAAGGCUUACGAACUGAAGGGAGAUGUUUCGAUCACGCUUGGCAGGAAAUGUUGAAUCAUGCUACGUCGCGAGUUAAUGAAUCAGAACAUGAGAGAGCUCUCUCUGAAGCAGAACAUAGACAUACGACUGCAUUGUAUCACAAAGCCGAACACGAAGUUCAAAGAUUGCAGCGUGAAUUGAAGCGUACUAUUGCUAAAUCUAGUAUGGGUGCACGCCGCAGCUUGCUUCUGAUAAACAGUAUCGCCUACAGGCACAACUUGCUCAUGUUGCCUUACUAUGAGAUGAAAGCACAUUUUAAUCAAAUGCUCGAGGAACAAAAGAUGAAGGUCAGUGCGUUGGAGAGGUCAGUUGGCGAAGCAAAAGCUUCAUAUGCGGAAGCGUUACGGAAUUUAGAAAAGAUCAGCGACGAGAUUCACAAGACGAGGAGAUACGACGGUACGGACGAAUAUGAUAAGAGUGCACGAGACGCGCCCGAUCGCUCCACGCAAAUCAAUACGGCGACUCCGACAGAUUCCAGCGUAACUGGAUCCCCGGACAGCACGGAUUAUACUAGCGACGAAUAUUUACGCCUUCCCGACAAGAUGAGUCCGAACGUGCCAUGUCCCAUGCCUACAAGAAUCGAUAGAGAUACAUCAUCGGAAUAUUUGGGCCUAAAUAAUCUGAACCUUUCAUCCACUGAGCCACGUAAAUACAUCAAACGUGACCGUCCACGGAGCAUCGCCGCAACCGACUCGAAACAUAUCGUACCUUUAAAUCACACAAGUUCUUCCGCACCGGGUCUGGCUGAUCUGUCGGGUAUUAUAUCUCCGGUUGAGAAGAGAGUGAAGAUUCAAACGCCCAUAAACGAGCGCAAAAAUAACUCUGCUCAUUCGCAAAAUGGAGAGGAAUGGACAGAAAUUAGCCUGAACAAUUCGCCAGAUGAGAUUUAUUAUAAUAAUGACGUGUAUUCCGAUGAGGAAGAUCAAAUCCCUUACAAACCACUACCGAUGGAUCUAAGUCCGGAACUCGCUCAAUCAAUUAACGUCACCGCCGAAUUACAAAAGGAACAGACAAAUCGAAAGAGAUUAGUAACGCAAAAGUCUUUACCCACAAUGUCGAAAGUAAAUGAAGUUACUUUAAGCGAAGAAAAGAAAGCCGAAGUUACGAGAAGUCCAUCAGUGAAAAAUAGAGGCAAGCUCGACAGUAGCUUAGCUAAUUGGAUAAUUAGAAGUUCAGCCGGUGGUGAAACUAGUGGUGCUAAUUCCACAAAUUCAAGUAGAAGACAAUCUCUCGACAUGUUGUGGAGUGGCGGUACUGGGGAGCGCGUUAAGGAAUUACUCAAUCAUGGUAUGAUGAUGCUAAACAUAUCUAGUUUAACGGAACGACGUUCUAGCGAACCAAAGACAGACAAGGAGAGAGACAAGGACAAGUCUGAAAAGUCUGAGAAGUCGGAAGCUAAGGGAAAGAAAGUUCCAAGUCCGUUAGAAAAAACAAUGAGCUAUCUCAAUGCCGACGAGGAGACGUCAGACAGUGAAAGUUUAGCUAGCGUGGAGAUGCUAACGGAGGAUCAAAUUUCUUCACUCAUGAUGGAACCGGAUAUGAACCAAGUAUGUCAAGAGAUUCUGGGAACUCCCUUGGUCGAAGUAUGUCCACUAUUGCAACAACUACAACAACAACAAUAGCCUUAUCGCGGAAGAAUUGGCACAAUAAAGUGGCAAAAAUUCAACAAUAGAAAGUGUUCAAAAUCGUUAUAAAACGAUAAUGUAAUUAAGGUACAUCUUUCUGUUAAGCUACUGCACGUUAUCAUAUUACGUUAUCAU